ACAAAAAGCAGAAGUGUAGGUGUGGGGGAUGGGGAGAACGGCAGACGGGGCUCAGACACACAGGGAUGGACCGACCACUAUCCACCAUCGUCUUCAUCGUCACCUGGGCCCACCUGUGCCGGGCCUGUAUUAUAGACCAGACUCCAUCGCUCCUUGUCGCCCUCUCCGGUGAUUGGUCCGCCAUCCGCUGCACUGCCAGGAUUGUGCCGCCCGCCGCUCACCAGGUGAUUAUUACAUCCAUCUUCCUCUCCUGGGAGGAUCAGAUGGACAGGAGGGAGGAUGUCCUGACCAACAUCACCGACAUGAAGACCAUAGAGCACAGAGUCCAGGCCAGAGUGUCAGGAACAUACAAAUGUAGACUCACAUGUGGGAUCGAAAUCAUAGACGCCAAAGGAACCUACAUACAUGUCAGAGAGUCUGGCUAUCAAGAACCCGCUGCCCCAGUGGACAGCCUGCAGUCUGGACUGAUCGCGCUCUUCGUUCUUCUGUUUCUCAUCUCCAUUUCGGGGACGUAUCUAGUUCUGCCAUUCCACCGGAUGAAACAGCUUUCUAGUGUGCCCGCUGCACCCCAAGCAACCCCUACGCCCACCGCCCCGCAACAGCCAGAGGAGGCGACAUCCGGCUCCCUGUACACGAGUCUUCAGCCGCAUUCUGACGACGUGUAUUACGUCCUGGAUGAAGAUCUUGCCAGAAAGACCAAUGUGAUUGUUCCACCUUCACGUAUUCUACAGAAACUCCAAGCAGAAGUCCACGGUGUCCCCGGCCAAAGUCCCAUGAAAAGGCCCAAACCUCAGGCCAAAUCUUCCUCAGUACAAGAGAAGCCACAGACCCUCCCGGACAAGCCCCCAAUCAAACAGAAACCGAGGAAAGUCACAGCGGAAAGUUCCGUGUACGAGAACAUCCAGCGCUGAGGCGUCUUCUCAUCUCUCCGACCAGCGCGACAUUCUCCUCUCUACCCUCACAGAUUGUAAUAAGACAUUCCAAAAACUUUCAUUUUUUUCAUUAACCACUUGAGAUCCGCGCUACAGCCGAAACGACGGCCACAGCGCCAACCUCAAUUGCUGGGAGGCCGUCGGUAGACGUUCUCCUUUUCGCACGCUCCUCGCGCACACGGCACCCGCUGUGAUCACCGAGUCACUGAGACUCGGGUGAUCACAGAACCGAGUAAGGGGCUGGUCCCGGCCCCUCACCACAUGAUCAGCUGUCAGCCAAUGACAGCUGAUCACGUGAUGCAAUCAAAGCUCGGUAAUCUUUUUUUUUUCUCCUCACGCUGACAAAGGGAAGAGAAAAAAAAUGAACACCAAGGGACACGGGUCUGUCUCAUCUGAGCUGAUCUGUACCCCCUGCCAUUGCCCACAGUGCCCACCAGUGCCACCUAUCAAUGCCCACCAGUGGUGCCAAUCAGUGCCUCA